UUUCCGCUUAAUCUCGCAGACGAUAUUUUACUUUCAUUCACCGUGACAAAAAAUGAUGUAGUCGGUGGAUGAUCCGAGUUGUGAUACUGUGGAAUAUUUAUUAUCUGAGAUGCAGGGUAGAGAUGUAUUAACAUCAAAGAUUGGUUCACAAACGAUUUUGUGUUAGUGAUUGUUCUGUCAUCAAGUGAUUAUGCUAAUUUAUUCGACAAGAUUUUAAAAAUUGUGGACGAUUUUAAACAGAAGAGUGUUUCUAAUGACAAGAUUUUUACAGUUCAUUCGGAGGUAGUAAUUUCUUUUCUUUUUAAUUCUGUAAAUAUAAUAAAAUUUAUUUUCAUUUAUUGAAAUGAAAUUGGAUAAAUCAAAGGAUUUAACUGUAAAUAUUUUUUAACCGAAAACAUUGAUGAACUCUGAAAAAUUUUAGAUGCACUUUUUAUUGUUGAUAAUUCAGGAGCAAUUCUAAUGAAUGAAUAUAAGGAAGAAAACUGGCUAAAUUAGAGUUCAAGGUAAUUGAAAAUUCUGUUAUAUUUUAGAAGUUUUUACACCUCUUGCACUUCCAAAAACUAGAAAAUAAUCUGUUAAGACGUCGAUGCUUUAAAAUUGCCAUUAUUUGCCUUUGUUGUCUUUCUAUUACUAAGUGUUGUACAUGUUGAUGAUGAUCGCUCUUCUUGAAACUUUAUCCAAUAUCUAAUAAUAAUGCUUUUGCAUUAGCACCAAUAUAAUGAAUGUUCAGUUCUUACAAAUGUGAAAAUUAGGCAAGUUAUGUGAAAAACUGUAUCUGUUAUGAAAACAGUUUAGCCAGUUUAACAGAAAGCCAGUUAACAGUUAACCAGAAACAGUUCUAAACUCCUAAGCGUUGAGUUUUUGUAUUAGUGAAUCUUAGUUGAACUACUACAUCUAGUGCUGUCGUCUUGCACAUUGUAUAGUAUUAUAUAAAAGAUUCUAUGUAAUUCUGAUUAUCCUGUACUCUGAGUGAUUAUUUGUGAGCCAACUCAAUCUAUAAAACUUGACAUUGUCUAGCUACAUUUCAUCUUUAUUGUUCAAUUUUUAUUAUAUUUAAAAACUAAAAACAUGGAAAAUGUUAAAUGGCGUAGAGGAACUCUGUAUAUAUCAACAGGUGGAAAUCAUUACUGGUACGAUCUUUUUCACAGACGAUCUUCCAUUAGAAGUAAAAGACAGCCCCUUCGCUCCAGGAUUCUGGAUUCCCAACCCUCUGGCCUUUAUGUGAUAUUGUUCUUUUUUUGUUUGUUUCCUUUUAAUUCCGGAAUCCUGUUACUCGAGAUGGACCCACCCGAGGAUUCCUCCUCUAAAUGCAAAACUUUGCUGCCUGAGUGUGAAUGUGACGAUAAUUACUUAGUGGCAGGUCUCGUCUGUCAGAAUGUAAGCAACUUCGAUGCCUUCACCAAGAUUCUGAAGGAUGGGUCGUUGUUUGAGAAGUGGACGACAUACGAGAUCAAGUUGUCAGGCACGAGGAUCCUGCCGCAACAGUUCCUCAAGGGGUUGAUCGUUUACCGUUUAUUGAUCGAUGAUCCUCUUACGGAAGGUCUGGAAGAUGAAGCUUUUGAUGGUGUCCUCAGGCUGAAGAAAUUCCAUGUGAGAAAGAGUUCCAUAAAGGAAACUCCUGAUUUCCGGCCCAUCCGGAAUUCUUUGCGGAGUCUGAGCAUAAACAACAGUCUCCUCACUUCUAUCCAAGGUGACCAGCUCAAGAAUCUGACGCAUCUUGAAGCUCUCUUCUUCACCAAUAAUUCUAUCGGACAUGUGGCGCCGGACGCAUUUCAGGGUACUAAUAAUUUGAUCAUCUUCGACAUAUCAUACAACCUUCUACGAUUCUUGCCGCCAAAUUUGUUCCACCCUAUGAAGAAAUUGAAAAAGGCGGUGCUUUCUAACAACUUCUUGUUGCACGUCGACCAGCUUUUUGCUGUCACUCAUCCACAGUUCAUCUAUUUGGACCAUAAUAAUCUGACAGAUCUAGACUCUGUGCUUCAUCGCAACAUGUCCGAAGUGGAGACUGUCCAGCUGUCCUACAAUCCUUUCACCAAGGUGACGAUGAACUCUUUCAGUGGCAAACUGGUCAGCGCUCGCUUCUUGUAUCUGGAUCACUGCCUCAUCCAGGAGUUCAACGUGGGGCACUACAUUUCGCUUAACAAUUUGUCGACUCUCAAUCUGAGUUUCAACUUCAUCGAAAAGGUGGUCAAUCAGACCAUUUCCUUCGGGAAAAACAUCGAACUGGAUUUCACUGGAAACAAGAUUACAGAAUUUGAAGUUGAGUUUCGAAAUAAUGUAAAGACAGUGUAUCUGAACAAAAAUUUGAUGACCACAAUGGGACGGACUAUACUACUGAGCCGGAUGUCGCAGGUGUCGAUGGCCGACAACCGAAUCCAGACACUCGAGUUCGAGGAAUUCCGUGGAGUGAGCGGAAUCACGGCCAUAGACCUGCAAGGAAAUUUGAUCAGAAAUAUCGAGCAUUUGACUUUUUUGAGCAUUAGGGAGGAUCUGGUCUACCUGGAUCUCAGCAAGAAUAUGAUUCGCAAACUCAAUGGUUGCGUCCAGUCCCUUUCCGUACUCACCUCGCUCAACCUCACAAACAAUCGGAUAGAGGGCUUUGAAGUAGGUGAAUUUUAUGGACUCGACGACCUACAGGAUCUCUCUUUGCAAGGUAACCGCAUUAGGACGCUCGGCUACGAGGUCCGCGGACUCAGCCGACUCAGAAACCUCGUUAUCAGUCACAAUUUGAUUCGCAACAUCAAAGGAGACCAGCUCCCACCAAAUCUCCAGUAUGUGUACGUCGAGGGCAAUCCGUUAUGGUGCGACUGUCAGCUUUUGCCUUUCCUUCGGCAUCUGAAUUCUACGAAGAAAUUGAAGACGGACGUAUCACUCUGCAUUCCUCCAAACGAUACCACUCCGAGGGCAUCCAUUGACAAACGUCCGGGCACCCCAGCUCGAUGUCCUGACGGUUGUAGAUGCUUUUGCAAGAACAAUGAGGACAACCACUAUAUUUUUGUAGAUUGCAGCAACAUUGGUCUCACAGAAUUGCCACCGCUUUUUGCUGCUGCUAACUUUACCACGCCAGAGCACAACUCAACAUCUCUCACGAUCUUUCUGCCACGGAACACGGAUGAGAAUGCUUUCUUUUCUGAAAGUCUCCCCUUCGUCAUCCAAGACGAAGUCAAGGGUUUGGAUUUUACGCACAAUUACCUGAUGUCGGUGGAAGACGCUCGUCUUCCCGAAGGUACGAAACACCUCCGCCUGGCCCACAACCUCUUUCGUCAGCCUCCCAUCUCUUUGCUGAACUCCCUGCAGGAGCUGAGAAGAGUGACGCUGUCAAAUAAUCCUUGGACCUGCGAUUGCGGUACCUCUGUCUUCAAAAUCUGGAUUGAGACCCACUCCACCUUGAUUCCAGACAUCAAUGAAACUCGAUGUGGCCCUGAUGAGCAAGAUUCACCCAGACUGGCCAACCGAGCCAUCUGGACUCUGUCAGACAUAGAACUCUGUCCAACGGACGUCGAAACUUACGUCUCAGCUGUCCUCGGCAUACUUGCUGUCGUUGUGGUGGCUUCUGCUAUAACGAUUGUGUGGAUUCGAUACAAGACUCCCAUAAAGGUCUGGCUAUACGCUCACGGAAUGACGUGGGUCAAAGAGCAGGACAUCGACCAGGACAAGCAGUUCGAUGCCUUUAUCUCCUUCAGCUUUAAGGAUCAGGAUCUGGUCAUUCCAGAUAUCAUUAAAGUGAUCGAGGAAAAAAUGCCGAACAUCCGGCUGUGCCUUCAUUACAGGAACUUCCGUGCCGGAGAUUUCAUUGCAGAUAACAUUGUUAGAUGUUUGGAAAGCUCCAGACGGACGGUUCUCGUCCUUUCCAGGAAUUUCCUCGAGAGCGAAUGGUGCAUGUUCGAAUUCCAAACCGCGCAUGUGCAGGCCUUAAAAGACCACGUGCAUAGGAUCAUCAUCAUCAAACUGGGAGAUCUCCCCAAAGAGAAAGAUUUGCCUAAAGAGAUUCAGAUGUAUCUGAAGAGUACUACAUAUCUAACAUGGGGUGACAAGUACUUCUGGGACAACCUGUUCUACUGUCUGCCUAAGGGCAUGAAGUCGAAGAAACCAGUACCUGUCUGAUAAAUCUCUGUCAUAAGAUAUCAAAAGACACAAUCACCAUUUCGAAUAAGUUCUGUGAUAUUGUUAAUGUUAGUAUUGUAUCUUAAAAAUGUCUCUGGUUGAAAUGAAUUUAUCUGUACUUCAGCCUUUUAGGACAUUUAUUCAUCGUAUUGAAAGUUUCAAGCAGCCGAUAAUCACUAAAAUAGGCUUCAAUGAUAUUACACUGAAGAGCUAGAAAAACUGGUACCCCAAUCUAAUAUCUUAUAAAGUCCCUACGAGAACUCAAAAGUGCCGCAACACGGCGUGGCAUGGAUUCAACAAAUUUAUGAAGAUAUUGUAGAGACAGUUCGCACCAUGAUUCCUGCAGGGCAGUACACAAAGCUGUGGGAGUGCUAGGUGAUGGAGAUCUCCUACAAAAGGGGAGACAAGUACUAUGUAAGAGGAGCAUAUCUGGGACAUUGCGGAACAUCUCAGAUGUGCCAGAUAAUGUUCAUGUCAGUGGAGUUGGGUGGCCAAGAGAGGGAACGAAAUUCAGAAGAGUGCACCUCGGAAUAGGACAUUAAUGAAUGCAGUUGAUCAGAAAGGAUCUUACGUACGGUGGAUUUGUCAUGGUCAUGUCUUGACCUAUCUACGGUUCCAUUUCAUGCCAAUGUAUACACGCCCCACACCAUCAUAGGGCCUGCACCAGCUUGAACAAUUCCCGUCAAGCAUGAAGGAUCCAUGCAUUAAUGAGGUUUUCUCCACACCGAUCCGCCCGAUACAAUUGGAAACGUGACUCGUCAUACCAGACAGUGUUUUCCAAUUUAUUAAGAGUUAAAUGACAGUGAUGGUGACAGUCCCAGGUGAAGCGCAGAACUUUGUGCCGCUGAGUCAACAACGGGACACAAGUUGGUCUGCAGCUGCAAAAGUCCAUAUCAAUUAGGGUACGUUGCACAGUGCGUACCAUGAUGAUACCCUGUUGAUGGUCUUGCAUUCAAAUCCGUGGCAAUCUGAGGAAGUGUUGGAAGUCUGACUCGUGUAACGAUUCUUUUCAGCCGCCGAUGAUCCCGUUCUGUCAAGGUAUUUUUCCGGCAACACCGCUGUCGGAGAUGUGAAGUUUUACCCGAAGCCUGAUAUUCGCGUUACCUCCUUCAAAUGGUCGUGCACGAAAAUCCAAAUUCCAUCACUACUUUGGAAAGGUUAUGUCCAUCUCUCGUACGCCAGCAAUUAGUCCCUGUCGAAAAUCACUUAAAUCUUGAUAGAAUGCCAUUUUUGCAGCAAGCAUCGAUGUAAUAGCCUCAACAAACGCCUGUUGUUUUAUAUACACACUAUCGACCACAUCGUGUUACGUUGAUUUGUUGCAUACCUCCGUUAUUUGCAUGCGACUGUUUACCAGUUUUUUUUUUUUUAUUCUUCAGUGUAUAUUGUCCUCUUCAAAAAGUGAACAAUAAUUUUACUCGAUUUUCUUUAAAAAUGGGUUAGAAUGAAGGGAAUGUAUAAUACUUUGUUCUGUUGGUACAUCGUGUCAAUAUUAUAAAUAAUUUUGGAGCACUACACUACUAUUGCAAAAGGAUCUCAUAAAUUAUAUUGUCUUCUUCAAUAAGUGGAAAAUAAUAUGAAUAUUUAUAUUGUUUUAAAUAUGUUCUCUACGACACAUUUUCAAGAAUAAAAACGUUGUCACAAAGUAGCUUAGUAGAGUAUAUUGUCUUCCAAAAAUGAAACGCAAUUCUUUGGGAUCAAGGAAGCAGUAGAAACUGGAGGCUAAUAAGUUUCCUGAAUAUCAAUGAAAUGUGACUCUUCUGCGAUGGUGACAAAUACGUGAACUAUUAGUUGCAUACUGAAAUGGCAUAUUUGUUGUUUAUUGCAAAUAAUAAGAAAUGCUCUCAGUCAAACAAAUAAACUAAAGUUCUUCAGAUUGCUACAGAUUCUGGUGCUUUAAUAAACAUCAGUAAUACUUUUAUGCAGUGCAAUAUUAAUUCAGAAAUAUAUGUUCUUAAUGCGCAGGAUUCUAUAAAUUUCGUUAAAGAUCAAAUGAUCCUUUAUUCCAGAACAUCACAAAACAGAAUAAAAGCAAAUUAAUUUGGUUUUUCUUCCAAACAAUGAACUUUUUUUUUGUAUGUGAUAAAAUAUUUUUUACGUCAAGGAAUUGUUUUUAUCAAAAUUCCAGGACUGAACACCCCUUGCUUAAUCUUCCAUGUAAAUCCAUUCAAAUAGAUUGAAUUAAUUAUGUAAGCAAUUACUGUAAGGCCAUAGUGAAUGUUUGUGAGACAGAUGAACCUAAAGUAUCUUUCCUACGAUCCAAAACACAUUUUUUUUACUUUUGCAAGAAAAAAUUUAGAAUUUUGUAUACUUGAAUACAAAAAUAAUUGGUGACAAAAUCUGAAGUUAAUUUUUAGAACUAUUUAUGUCUGAGGAUAUUCUAAGCAUGUUCUGCAAUCACGUAAAAAAGAAUCACUGAUUCUGAAGGAAUAAUGAUUUGAUUCAUCUUUCCGAGCUCUGUAUUGAUGUGUGUAAAAAUUGUAUUUUCUAUUUCAUUUCACUUUUGAUAUUUUACUAGUUUACUAUAUUUAGCACAAAACCUGUUAUUUAAUAUCCAGUUUUUAUUUUAAUGACAUUGUUACAGCUUCACGCCGAUAGAUGGCGUAUCUGUCGAGUACAAAGUUCUGUUAAUUCCUUUUUGUAUGAGAACGUAGAGCGUGUGUAAGAACGAUUCUGUGAGGAGACGAGGCAUCCAACUGUGAGAGGUGUCCUAAUCUGUAACAGUCUACAUGAAGUGGCACAAAAAAUGUGUCCGAAAAUAAAAUGGUGUUCACCAGAAAGAAAUGAGUAAUUAUUUGUAGAGAAUUACAGACAUGUUCUGAUUUAGUUUGUCUGAAUGCUUCAAAACAUCAGUUCUAAGUUUAUUUUGCAAUUUUGUUAGGUUACAAUUUGUCAUUUUUGAAGAUGGUGCUAUAUGUUAUUUAUUUAUGGAAAAUCACUUAAAAUCUAUUAUAUGCACAUAAAAUUCAAUUAUUUUAAAAAUGUAUUAUUCACUACAGAAAGUUCUUAUAUUUAUAUUUUUGGAGUCUAGUGAUAAGGCGCGGCUUCGAAGUCAAAGGGCUUUUGAUUCUAAAUAUGCUUCCAACACCCGUCCUGUAUACAAAAUGCUCUAUCUUAAUUCUGACAUCGUUGUUCAAACGACAUUCCCAUUUUUGUAAUGUGGAAGUUUAAAAAAGAGUGUGCCAGCUCAGGUAUUGUCCUCGUCAUUUGACUACUAUUGAAAAUUAAGAGAUUCGUUCCAAAUAGCCAUACUGUUACCUCCAAAGAAACCUUAAUAUAUUUAAAGAGCUAACUUAAUUCAUUUAUAGUUCUAUAUCUUGUAAACUGCAAAUGAACUGUUAAUUUUCAUUAUUUGUAAAAUUAUGGAACUUUUAAAAUAAUCAUUUGUUUAUUCUGUGCCCGCCAAAUAUUAUUCAAAUGUAUUUAGCUACUUCAUUGAGCGCAUAUACCAAAUCAGAAUUGUGGUCAUGUUAUCUUAUAUAC